UAUUGAAACAUCACAACCAAACUCAUCUCUCCUUUGAUAUUUCAUUCUUUCCCUUAUUCAUAUAUAUCAUCAUGUUUAAGAAUAUUGUGGAUGGACUUACUGGGCAUCAUGACUCAAAGAAAGUAAAAGGAACUGUGGUCAUGAUGAAGAAAAAUGCUUUAGACUUUACUGAUCUUGCUGGUUCUUUGGCUGAUAAAAUCUUUGAGACCCUUGGCCAAAAGGUCUCUUUCCAAUUGAUCAGUUCUGUUCAUGGUGAUCCAGCAAAUGGUUUACAAGGGAAACGCAGCAAUGCAGCCUACUUGGAGAACUUCGUCACUACUUUAACCCCAUUAACAGCAGGGGAAUCAGCCUUUGGUAUCACAUUUGAUUGGGAUGAGGAAUUUGGAGUGCCAGGUGCGUUCACCAUCAAGAAUAUGCAUAUCAAUGAGUUCUUCCUCAAGUCACUCACCCUUGAAGAUGUGCCUAAUCAUGGCAAGGUCCAUUUUGUUUGCAAUUCUUGGGUUUAUCCUGCUUUUAGAUACAAGUCAGAUCGCAUUUUCUUUGCAAAUCAGCCUUAUCUUCCAAGUGAAACACCAGAACCAUUGCGCAAGUACAGAGAAAAUGAAUUACAGGUCUUAAGAGGAGAUGGAACAGGAAAGCGUGAAGCAUGGGAUAGAGUUUAUGACUAUGAUUUCUACAAUGACUUGGGUGAUCCAGAUCAAGGUGAAGAUCAUGUCAGACAAAUCUUGGGAGGUUCUGCUGACUACCCAUAUCCUCGGAGAGGAAGAACAGGCAGAGCACCAACACGAACAGAUCCUAAAAGUGAAAGCAGAAUUCCACUUAUUCUGAGCUUAGACAUCUAUGUACCGAGGGACGAGCGUUUUGGUCACUUGAAGUUGGCAGACUUCCUAACUUACGCGUUGAAAUCCAUUGUUCAAUUCAUCCUCCCUGAAUUACAUGCUCUAUUCGAUGGAACCCCUAAUGAGUUUGAUAGUUUUGAGGAUGUACUUAGAAUGUAUGAAGGAGGGAUCAAACUUCCUCAAGGCCCUUUAUUCAAAAGUCUCACUAAUGCCAUUCCUCUUGAGAUGAUAAAAGAACUCCUGAGAACUGAUGGUGAAGGAAUAUUGAGGUUUCCAACUCCUCUAGUUAUUAAAGACAGUAAAAGUGCAUGGAGGACCGAUGAAGAAUUUGCAAGAGAAAUGCUAGCUGGAGUUAAUCCUGUCAUAAUCAGUAGACUCCAAGAAUUCCCUCCAAAAAGCAACCUGGAUCCCCAAGUAUAUGGAAAUCAGAAUAGUACAAUUACUGCAAAACACAUAGAGGAUAAGUUGGAUGGGCUAACAAUUGAUGAGGCAAUCAAUAUGAAUAAACUUUUCAUAUUGAACCACCAUGACGUCCUUAUACCAUAUUUGAGGAGGAUAAACACCACAACAACAAAAACCUAUGCCUCAAGAACUUUACUCUUCUUGCAAGACAAUGGAUCUUUGAAGCCACUAGCAAUCGAAUUGAGUUUGCCACAUCCAGAUGGAGAUCAAUUUGGUCCUAUUAGCAAAGUGUAUACUCCAGCUGAUCAAGGCGUUGAGGGCUCUAUCUGGCAAUUGGCCAAAGCUUAUGUUGCAGUGAAUGACUCAGGUGUUCAUCAACUAAUUAGUCAUUGGUUGAAUACACAUGCAGUGAUUGAGCCAUUUGUGAUUGCAACAAAUAGACAACUAAGUGUGCUUCACCCUAUUCAUAAGCUUCUAUAUCCGCACUUCCGGGACACAAUGAAUAUAAAUGCUAUGGCAAGACAGGUUCUAAUCAAUGCUGGUGGAGUUCUUGAGAGUACAGUUUUUCCUUCCAAAUAUGCCAUGGAAAUGUCAGCUGUUGUUUACAAAAAUUGGGUUUUCCCUGAUCAAGCCCUUCCGGCGGAUCUUGUUAAAAGGGGAGUGGCAGUUGAGGACGAUAGUUCCCCGCAUGGAGUUCGUUUGCUGAUAAAGGACUACCCAUACGCUGUUGAUGGCUUAGAAAUCUGGUCAGCAAUCAAAAGUUGGGUGACAGAAUACUGCAAUUUCUACUACGGAUCGGCUGAAGAGAUUCUGACAGACAAUGAACUCCAAGCCUGGUGGAAGGAACUCGUGGAAGUGGGACAUGGUGAUAAGAAAGAUGCACCGUGGUGGCCUAAUAUGGAAACACCUGAAGAGCUAAUCGAUUCUUGUACCAUCAUUAUAUGGAUAGCUUCUGCACUUCAUGCAGCAGUCAAUUUCGGGCAAUAUCCUUACGCAGGUUACCUCCCAAAUCGUCCUACAGUAAGUCGAAGAUUUAUGCCGGAGCCAGGAACUCCUGAGUAUGAAGAGCUAAAGACAAAUCCUGAUAAGGCAUUCCUGAGAACAAUCACUGCUCAGUUACAGACAUUGCUUGGUGUUUCCCUCAUAGAGAUAUUGUCAAGGCAUACUUCAGAUGAAAUUUACCUUGGACAAAGAGACUCCCCUGAAUGGACUAAGGAUCAAGAACCCCUUGCUGCUUUUGACAGAUUUGGGAAGAAGUUGAGUGACAUUGAAAAUCAGAUUAUACAAAGGAAUGGUGACCCUAUAUUGGGAAACAGGUCAGGUCCUGUUAAGGCUCCAUAUACAUUGCUUUUCCCAACAAGUGAAGGUGGACUUACAGGUAAAGGAAUUCCCAACAGUGUGUCAAUAUAGACCUUUUUAACUCUGGAAGCCAAAUUAACUAUUGAGCCAUGAGAAGGUCAACAUUGAAGAACGAAGAAAGCUGGAGUUUGAAUAAAUCUUGUAAUAAAGUUCCAUUAUUUUAAGUGUGGUUCCCUUGUUUGCUUUAUUUUUGUAAGUUUUAUUCUCCUAAAGUUACUGUAUUUCUGUUUCAACCUUACCGGUCAUAUAUUUCCAGUAAGUUGUUAAAAUAAUGCAAAUAAUUCCAGCCGAAAAUUCCUAUAUAUUAUGCAACUUGUAAUCAUUAUGAUCAUUGAAAAUAUUUUGUAAGAUGUGACUUA